AUGGUGCAGAGUCGAUCCAUGGAGGCGCGUGUUGGAAGGGUCAAGCAGAGAUAUGGACCGGACGGAUCCCGACUCGUUGCCGGCGUCGUAGCCGUUUCUGUCGACAGGAGAAAAGUUUUGGUCGUUGAAUCGACAAAUCGCCAAAAUCAUUGGGUUCUUCCCAAGGGCGGUUACGAAACCGAUGAGGCACGACCGGAAGACGCCGCAGCUCGUGAAGCCUGGGAAGAAGCCGGAAUUACGGGACGCGUGACGCGCGCCCUGGGCGAGAUCCGAGACCCCCGCCCGUUAAACGCGGUAGCGCCGCCGAAGGCUGGUGGUCAGGCACGUACGCUAUAUUACUUCUUCGAGUUCCACGUCGAGCGCGAGGAGGACCGGUGGCCCGAGAUGCACAAGCGGAAACGGAGGUGGAUGACGUACGAAGAGGCGUUGUCGUGUUUUCAGAGCAUGAAUCGGCCCGAACUCAUAGAGGCGAUCGAUCGGAGCAGCGUGCUCAGGUAG